GACAUCGGGCCUAGCCCAUUUUGUGUCACCGCAUUUGUUCCUCGCUGCCAUUUUGUGUUCCCACUGCCAGUGAUGGCGAGCGGGCUAACCCAAACUAGCGACAUCGGGCCUCCCCCAAAAGUGUAUCCCGGUGGUGGUUUUUCCUUUCUUUCAUCACAUCCUGUUUUGAUGAUUAAAUGUUAUUUGGUCGAAAGUGAAAAUGUGCUUUUGGAAGCCCAAAAGUGGCCUGGCAUGCUUAAAAUUAAUUAACUUAGCAGUGCGUAGCAGCCAGGGUUCAAAACACAGCCUCGGCAACUUGGAUAUGUAUUGUAUUUUAUCGGUUGUUUGUCUUAAAAUCAGCCGAAGUAAUGGUUUCGAAGGAAACUGAUUCAUUUUGUUCUUCUUCUUUUUAUUUAUUUGUUUGUUUUUUUAAUAUACGUAAUGACUAGCCAGCACAAGUUCUGCCUUGACAAAGAUAAUAAAGCACAACUUUUAAGGGAGCUGUGAAAAUAAUUUGUCACCAUCCAUUGAGAAGCUCGGUUGUUAAAAAAACAAAACAAAACAUACAAACAAACAAAAAAGGAUUGCAGAUAAAAAUGUACCUUUUUGUUUUGGUCUGUCACUCAACACUCAGCAUGGUCAGCUAAUAUGUGGCGGCCAUUUUGCUGGGCAUGUUUGUAUGCGCAACAGCAACAAAGAGUUAAAAACAGCCAGCAAGAACAAAUCUUUUGUUUGCCUAAAAUUGCUCUUACCAAUUUCCGCCCCCACACCUCCCACCCCCCAUGACUUUCGACACGAUACGGCACGCCCUGUCACUGCCGUACUAUGCAUGAUAAUAUUUCACCGAAACAUAAAUAUGUAAGCUACAAUUUAAUCAACUUCCUUCCUCAGUCAAGCACAUGAAAAGGCUUUGGGGUAAAAAAUAAGGCAGGUUGAUGUCAUUUAGUUUCUGGUUUUGGCUGUUUAUUGCUUUUUAGAGCGAGGCAUCAAUUUCCAUGUUUGAAGUCUUGUAUUGUACCUUUCAAAAUGUUUGUGUUUUGGCGUCAAAUGACUCAUGGCGCCAAAAUGUGAGUUUUGGCGCUUUGACUUUGCCCAGACUUUUUUUUGGAGGGGAUUGUUAAACCGUCAAGUGUCGUUCUUUGUUUGGAAGUUUUGCUUCCGGACUAACCUGUUGAGAUAUAAUUGAUUAUUGAUUUGACUGAAGAGCCCAUAGUUCUGCCAUGGCCGGGAUACGGCCUGUUGAACUUGUUCCGAAUACGUUGGCGAGCAGCUGACAUUUAUCGGAAUUGGAUGGUUUAGUAAUCGGGGGCACGUAGGCGGCCGUCUAUGUACCCGCGGGUUGGGGGGGGGGGAGGGGUGUCUCAGUCACUUUUGAUCGCAGCAGGCCAAACGAGCAAGCCGACGUACGUGCCGAACAGGAUGAACGCUUGAACAUGACACUUAGAAAGAGAGGAGAACUUUCUGGUUGCUCAUCUGAGGCGAGGAAAAGGAAGUAGGAGCAAGUGCUUUGAAAGAAGAGCAAAAAAGAUGGAUGCCAUGAAAUGCUUACCGCCGAGGCCUUUAAAGACAGGAAAGGUGGUGAUGUCUUCAGGCGAGGACGGUCUGAUUGGAAUCCCCUUCCCGGAGCACAGCAACGAGCUUCUGUCCCACCUCAAUGACCAGAGGCGCUCGGGGCUCCUGUGCGACCUCACUCUGACCUCUCGCGGGUCACGUUACCCGACCCACCGCGCCGUCUUGGCCGCCGUCAGUCUCUACUUCCGCCGGCUCUUCGGGGCAGAGGAAGACGGCUGCGGCGACGGCGGUGGCGGAGGUUUCAGCGUGUGCCAGCUGGACUGCGUGGCGCCCGACGCCCUGGACGCCCUGCUGGAGUUCGCCUACACAGCCACUUUGACCAUCCCCUGCUCCGGGAUGAGGGACGUGCUGCGGGGGGCUCAGCUUUUGGGCAUCCAGUGCGUGGCGGACGCCUGCAGGGACAUCCUGGGGGAGAAGGCGGAGCUGGACGAGGAAGAGGCGGAGAGGCGGCAGCACGCGGAUGCCGUUCAGAGGCCGGCAGUCGAACGCGGAUCCCGAAGGAAAACGGACCGGAAGAAUGUGAAAAAAUUGCGGCCGCAUCGCAUCGACUCACUUUUGAACCCGCCGCCCGUUUCCCCGGUCUCGUACCCUUCACCUCUGUCGGAGAGCAUGUGCUCGCCGCCCCCCGCCCAACCCCCCAGCCCGGAACCGGACGAGCUUCUCUUCAAAUGGAGGAAGAACGGCGACGCCGGGGCCGUCCGAGUACCAGAGAGGGGCCCCACGUUAAAUGGAGGCCACCUACACUGGAUGAACCAAUGGCCCCCACCCACAGCCGCCCCGCCGGAGGACAAACUGUCUGAGGAAGAAGACAUGGAGGGCUUUGGCAACGAAGGUACGCUGAUGGAAAGCACCUCCACCACUUCCUCCGUGGCCGAGCGGGGGAUCGGCGCGGCGUCGGCCUCGGCAACGACGGCGGUCGGGGUCGGCAGGAAGAGGAAGUCGCAAAUGCCUCAGCAGUGUCCCGUCUGUCAGAAGAUCAUCCACGGAGCGGGAAAACUGCCUCGACACAUGAGGACGCACACCGGAGAGAAACCCUUCCAGUGCUCCGCCUGCGGGGUUCGCUUCACCAGGAACGACAAGUUGAAGAUCCACAUGCGAAAGCACACGGGCGAGCGUCCCUACUCGUGUCCGCACUGCCCCGCCCGCUUCCUGCACUCGUACGACCUGAAGAACCACUUGUCCCUGCACAGCGGCGCGCGGCCCUUCGAGUGCCUGCUCUGCCACAAGGCCUUCGCCCGCGAGGACCACCUCCAGCGCCACCGCAAGGGACACAGCUGCCUGGAGCUGCGCACGCGCUGGCCCAGACGUGGUCCCGACGACCACCAGGAAGCUGACGCGGACGCGGGCGAGCGCCUCCAGCCACCGCGGCCCCACUCUUCUUCGGCUUUCUCGCGGCCCACCAUGCUGGAAGGCGGCAUGUUCCAAACGGACGUCGACAGGGAGCGCGCGCUCGCGCUGCAGGCUCUGGCGCAGCUCAGCCCGCACCGGUUCGCCAACUACCACAGCCUCCUUCUGCGAGGCGCCGAGCAGCGGAGGGUCAGGGAAGGCGGGGCCAAGGAUCCCGAGGGAGUCACCUCGCAGCGUCAAAGCUGGCCACUGGAAGCCGCGGAGAAGAUUAGUGAGGUGGAGGAGGACGUAUAGUGAAUAUUUGAGUCUGUGUGUGGUCUUACAUCCACGUUUAAAAAAAAAAACAAUGUAUAAUCUCACUCAGGUGGCUCGACCUGCUGCUCCAUGUGGACCCCCCCCCCCAAAAAAAUGUCAAACGGCUUUUCUGAGUCGUUUUAAAUGUUUGUUUGUCCACUCUUCUUCUUUCUAGGUUCAAAGGGGAAACUCGUGAUGAAUUUUCUCUUUGAUAUGAUGUGCCCCCACGAGUCCAACCAAAAUAUUCUGAUGAUUAUUGACUUUGUGGGGGUAAAAAUGUAGGAGAUGAAUUCGUUUUAAAAAAAACAAUCUCAGGAUGCUGCCAUUCUGUCCCGUUGGCUGAAAACGACAUCAAAGUGCCCCCCGGGCACGCAAAGCGAACGUCACGUGACCAAACUCGUAAAACAGGUGAGGCGUGAUGUUCCCAAUGCGAGCCUGGUGGCACUGGGAUGUAGUUUUUUUCAGUCAACAGCAGAGGGCGGUAUAAGACCAAAAUGGCAACCGCUUGAGAUGGAUGACAACAGAUGGAUUCAUUUGCUUGACGCGAAAGCAAUAUUCAUCACAAAAGAGCCUUUCGACUAGCGGGCACCUAUGCAAAGAUCAUGUUUGCCUGGAGUUCCCCUUCAAGCCGCCUUUUCCAAUUUUUGUGUUCAUACUCGCGUUUACUGGGAUACUUUUCAAGUUGCAAACAAGAAAUUCGAAGCUGCAAAAUGGAGCGACGGUGAAUAUUAUCGUUUCGGGAGUGGUCACUUGUGGUAAAAUUGCAGCCAAGUGCUCUCAGUCUUUGUUUAGAUUUGGUGCUGGAACCAAAGCUCUAGUUACUUGAUAAUUAAAAAAAAAAUUUGUAGCCAAUGUUGGGUCCAAAGAACUCCUUCUGCUUCCAUAGUUGAGUUUUCUGUGUUGAUUGACCAAAAAGACCAAGUCUUGGUCAAAAGUUGUUUUCGUCUCUUUAAAGACUGUCAAUUUCAGCCUUCCCACAUGCAAGUUUGGCUUUCUUAAUAGUGACAACAACAAAAAAAAAGGUGUGGGGAUGAACAAGAGCAUUUACCCAUUUUUCUGUAUUUAUUUAUUUAUUGUGUUUAUUUAUUUUUCUGCUUUUUUUUUUUUUUGGGUGGGAUCAAAUCCAAGGUUGGUCAAAGGUUGAAUGUGGCUCUUCGUCCCUUCUUUGCGCUCUCCACUACUUGCACAUGUAAACCCAGUCAGGUACUGCACAAACACCCAUGGCAGCCUCUUCGAACAGGGGUGGGCAACCUGUGGAACUCGGGCCAGCCAGAGCCUUUUAUUUGGCCCGCCUUCUUAAAAAAAAAAUGUUGUUCAUUGACUUAUGACUUUUGGAAAGAAGUUGCCUACCCCAGUGUUCAAGACUCCAGAGGUGGCAGUAAAUGUUUGUAGCACAAAGGCCAAAUGAGUGUAACAGCGCCGUUUGUGGAGUCUGUUGUGUGCUCAAUCAAAAGAGCUAAGGAGAAAACCAGCGUACUCGCCAGACAUGUUAAUUUAAACUCCCCGGCAUCAUUACUUGAAAUAUGGAUGCUUUUCUUAAACACACAUCCAAAGGACAAAAAGAAAGUUUUUUUUUUUAUCAAUAGUGAGAUUUUCCUGUAACAUUCUGUUUAAAUGACAUUAUAUUCCUGCAAGGGACUUCCAUUUUCUCAGUUGUCUUGCCUGCGCUGCUUUCGAGAAAACUGGGAACUUAGAAAUUUACCGUCUCGCGUUAUGAAGAGUCAUUUAGAGUCAAAACUUUAAAAAGUGCCCUGACGGUUUGUUAAACAAUUAGAUUUUGCUGUCAUGAGUUCCCUCUGAUCGAUGCAGUGGGGAUGGGUGUGGCAUCUAUUAAAAAAAAAAUUCUAAAUUGGGCACACCACACAGUUGUAAACAAACUUCCCAAAUUUGAUUAAAUAGAAAUUCACCGAUAACGAAAGAGGUUUUCAAAUGGAUUUCAAAAAUUGGAUAUGAAAUCCACCCCUUCCCUCGCCUCUCAGAUGUUGUAGGUCUGUCGGCUAAACUGCCACCUGUCAAUCGGUUACGUUCGUACGUGUCGCAUUGAUUUCAUGCCUCAGCAUACCUACAUGUUGACAUCUUCCGGUAGCGACUGUGUUGUCACGGGGUUUUCCGGAGGCGCUAGUCGGCCGCUAGCACCUGAGCUAACAGGCUCCUGGCCGGCUCUCGUCUGAUACGCCGCCGCACCGCUUACUGUUGUGCCGUUGCGUGAGUCCGUCUAACGGGGACACUUCUGGUACAGUAACCGAUCUUCAGCAAGCGUCAUUCGCGCACGCACGACGGACACGGUCGCUGGCCUCGUUCUAAAUGAACGCCUCACCUCACACGUAUUACGGCAGCCCCAAGAACUCCAAAUUCCAAAAUACUUUGGAAUGUCAAGAACGCCAGCGAGCAGUUCUGUAAAUUUUGGCGCUAAGGGAAGAUUUCAUUUUUCGGCGGGGGGCAUGGCUAGCUAACUGCAUGGCUAGCUAACUGUAUGCUCAGGUGCUAGAAAAGGAUAAUUGGAACUAACCAACUCGCAAUUGCGCCGGAGAGCCACGGGUCUAGCGUCGCAGUUCCUCAACUCCUUGCGGUACGAAAAAGAAUCUAUGACUGGGAGUACUGUUAAAUUGAAUGACUGUGUUCUAACACCAGUUGCAUAACAGGUCAUGUGUUUCCCGUUAUGUAGCAGCAUUAGAAGGGAUGCUUACUAAUUUAGCCAUUUUAAGCAGUGAAAAUAAUAAUAAUUUCGUUAUUUUCCAUGUACAACUAACACCUUUGAAAAACGCAUUUUGUCACUUGCUGUCGACUGUAAACGAUAUGUUUGCAGGCUGACAAAAAAUUUUUGACUGUUUACCGCUGGAAAUUGCUUGGAAAGUAUCCAGUGACGCUAAUGCACUCAAGGCUAAGCCAAAUAUUUGUUUUAAAUACACAACGUGUAAUUGU